AUGGCAACUGCAGAACGUGUUCUGGAAGGCAGCAAGGAUGCAUCCUUUGCCAAAAGAGACAAGCCACUAUAUUAUCUCGACAUGAAUGCUGUCUCGCCAAAGUUGAUUAGGAGCAUGAGGGACCUCUUCGAAGCUGCUGGAAACAAUGUGCGAUUCCUCGACGGAGCUGUGAUUGGCAGUGCACCCAGCCUGAAAGAUGAGCAGGCAGACUCGUCCGAGCUCGAAGCGUGGAAACGACCUGGCAUUCCCAUGUCUGGCCCGGUCAAAUUGGCAGACGCAGAACCAAGUGGUUCCCAUCUCGCCAACGUACUCGGGGCUCGACACAUCUCAGAUGAGAUAGGCGCUGCAUCAGGACUGAAGAUGAGUUUCGCAGCUCUGACAAAGGGAUUUACCGGACUGGCCAUUCAAUCGUUCACAACAGCACAUCGCCUCGGUGUCUUGCCAGAAUUGCAGCAGCAUCUACAACAGUACAGCCCAAAGACGUUUGAUAUGGCCAAUGCUUCGAUGCCUCGGAUGCCACCAAAGGCUUACCGCUGGGUUCGAGAGAUGGAAGAGAUCAACGCCACUCUGGCAGAGGACGGCGGAUUCGAAGACCAAGAGUCAAUCUUCAGUGGCAUUGCUAAGACUUAUGAGUUGGUUGCUCACGGCACAGACCUAGGCCAAGAGAAGACUGAAAGUAGGAACAGAGGAAAGACGGCCGAGGACGUAGCAUUACUGAUAAGCGAAGGCAUCGAUAGACGAAAGCAGAAGAUGGAUUAG